UACAAUAUUAUAAAUAAAAAAUUAAGAAUUCAUGUGAAGUAAUUUUUUAAAAAUAUUUUUAGAUAUACUUUAGUUUGUCAUUCACAAAAGAAAGUCUUAUGCUUUUGAGGGAAGGCUACUUAGAAGAAGGAUAUACUAAAGCCCAAGCUGCAUUUUUGGCUUCAGAUGAAGUAUUCUUUGAUCCUUCUCUAUUGGCACUGCUGUAUUUCCCAGAAGAUCAAAAGUACGCUAUUUAUAUUCCAUUAUUUCUACCUAUCAGCAUUCCUGUGAUAACAUCCAUGAGCCACCUAUGGAAAUUUUGGAGAAAUUCAAAAAUAAAAUCUGAUUAAGAUUUUCAUAAAUAUUUGAUAAUUUGUACUAGUACAUAUCAUUUACAACAAAAAAAUUUAAUGAAACAUUUUUGUUUUGGCUGUAGAUUUCAGAACCUAAGGAUUUGUGAGCAUAUUCAGUUUUUUGUCCCUUCUGAAAUAAAAUUCAUAUUCUUUUAUCUAUGCAUUAAAUCAACUUAUCUGUUUCUCAGCUUAUCUAUUCAAGUAAUAUUUUCAGUUCUUCUGAUGCACAUAUAAUUUAUAUGUAUAAAAAAUUGUUCUUUAUAGUAAAGAACGUAAUUUUUUUUCAUGGUUCAUAACCAACCACCUGCAUAUAAUUUACCAUCUUCUACCUGAAUUAAUCUCACAUUAAGCUUAGCCUGUCAAUAAUACAGUGUGAUUAUUUUAAGAUCUUGUGCAAUGCCAGUGAAUGAUCCAAAUGUUGCAAAUUUGGCAAGAAUACGGACUGCAUCUGUAAAAUGUAAAUACACUUCAGGAUAUGAAAAAUGUAUAUAUGAAAAGAAGAGUUGCUUGUCUUCUGCUACAUUCUCAGUGAGAAAUAAAUGCAAUGGCACUCUCUCAA